ACUCCCUCUCAGCUCUCUCAGCUCACCACGCUCAAACAACACAACCAGUUGACUGCACCACCCCCGCGCUAUGUUUGCUCUGGCCGGGUAGUGCAAAACAGCCAGCAACACAAAGUGCGACUUGCUCCUGGAAGCAUUUGCCCAGCUCCUACAAUGGCCCAGAACGCGUCGUCGUCGGAUGCCCUCUUCUCCAAAACCACCCAGCCUGAUCCGCCAGAGGCUGCCUCUCCGACCACCAUGAGCGACAGUGCCAGUGAUCAAGAACCAGGCGGCGUUGCUCUGGAUCCGGCCCACGGUGCUCGUGCUACUUUCUCUUCGCUUUUCGGUGAACCCCAUGUCGAUCCGCCUAACACGAACCAACAACCCGCUUCGUCCUCGCAUGACCGAGGCCGCCGUCGCUGUCGCCAUACCCAACCUAUAGACGACAGUCACUAUCCCAGGAGACUUUGCUCGCCCUCGACGCUUGACUCUGACGACGACGCCGAUAACCGCCCCUUGGUCCGCCGAUCAGCUCCUGGGUUGUUUCCUCCACGUUUCCUGGAACUCCUAGUUGCGAAUUUGGACCAUAGCACUCCUCUAGACGUCGCUACUGUUUUAGGAUUGAUGGAUCCUACGCCAGACCGCUCUUCACGCUCUACACCUCUUGGCCAAUCUCUUUCCAAUGAUCAACACGAUCGCCCCUUUGCCGACCUUCUACACAUGGUCAAGAGUCAACUCAAGCGUGCCCGCGCCCAAUCCCAGGGGUUGGAUGGGAAUUUUUCGACAUUAAUGGAGAAGAGAGGAGCCGUGGCAACAUUGGCCUAUCGUAUUGGUGUCGCGGAUGCGCAAGCAAACGAUGUAUGGCCCAAUAUUCGAGAUGUAGCGAAACUGCCUGUCCGCUAUCACAUCAUGAAAAAGCUGGACCCUAAACACCCCAUCGAAUCCCAGUCUUUUCCUCCAAAAACAUCGGAGCCUGGAAUUGAGCCAACCGAACUGGGUAGCGGUGAUCAACAAGAAGCAGGACCUUACCACCCUAUAUAUCGAUCACAGUGGCAGCUUCCUGUAGAGCUCGUAGAGAUCAUCGCCAACUAUCUCCAUCGAGACGAUAUCAAGUCGAUGCGCCUGGUGAGCCAAGAGCUCAACCACUAUACCUCACAGAUUCUCUUCAAGACGGUGGUGGUGCCUUUCAAUACUGAAAUUUACGGUAUGCUAGGCCAGCCUGAUAUCAAGGGCAAGAAAAAUGUCAGCAGUGACGCCCUGAGCUACACGUGGAACAAUAGAAGUGGCGGCGAUGUCUACGACGGCCAUGGCCUAGAUGUGUUCCGGGGCUUUGGUCGGCACAUUACCAGAUUCGGCAUGAGCUUCGAAAUCAGCGAAGACACAUUGGCAAAUGCCCCAGAAAAAUCCUCGACCGAGCAACACGUCAGCUUCUGGGGCUCUUAUGACUGGCCAUUCGAGCAAUAUCGCCGUUUUGCUGAUGUUGCUGGACUGGAGACUACAGCCGACGAGACACCGAGGAUGACCAUCGCCUUUUCGGAACUUUCCAAGGUCAAGGAACUCGCUCUGUCUAUCGACAGCGGUCUUGGCUGGUUAAACGGACCGGACUGGUCACUGCGUGCACGUAUUCUUCAGAAGCCGCCCGAAGUUUUUGGCACUCUCAAAAAGAUACCUGAUCGACGAACCCAGGCACAACAUGAACUUUGGGAGCAUAUUAAAGCUUCGCAUGAGGCUGCAGACUCGGAUAUUAAAUCCGCUCAUCUCUACAGGCUGGGGGCUAACGAUGGAUUCUCACAUAUGCGUGAAGCUUUUGCCGCAGAAGACCACCAACCCGAGUUGCCUUUCUUGGAUCCGCAUAUCCUUGAUCACGCUGUCUCAUGCGAUUUUGUUGACAGCCUUGUCGCGCUGACUGAUGAUCCCACUGCCAAACUGACGUUCCCGUCACCCUCUACCGGUGUUUUGUUCACUUCCGCACAAGUACCUUCCGAGUAUGAUUCUCCUAGAGGUCCCGUGAUACCUAAUUGCCUUACCAAGGCACAGAGAGAAUGGCUUCUGGAGACUGAGUGGGCCCAGAGAGCUUUUGUGUCUUCGUACAUGCUCUCUGUGAUUGACAACCCGAGCACUUUCCGUAACGUGCAUUCUCUCAUAAUUCCCCGCAUGCCCGACCGGUACAUUCCUCUGCUGAACCGUCCCGAUUUCUGGGACGCACUGCCCAAUUUGAAAUCAGUGACCCUGAUGGUGAUACCGAGCUGGCGCGAUGUCAGCAAAGACGAAGCAGGCUGGGUCGCAACUUUGAAAGUCAGCCCGGAGGACGCAAUCGCUCCCUUCUAUCAGAUCUUGACCAAUAUCAUCAGUCAACGUAGCAACAUCACCGAGCUCACCGUUGGCUGGGCGACAGGUGGAGAGCAUGCUGAAGGUAUAUACGCGAGGAACAAACUUAUUUUGCCAGCACCUUUGACGAACGGAGCCAAACCUCUCACUUCGACCCUCGACGCUUUGCCGCCGCUCUUGCAACUGCCUUUCGUUGAGAAACUUACGCUGAAGAACUGCUGGUUAACCCCACCAACAUUGACCCAGUUCGUCCAGAACCAUGAUUGCUUCCAAUUGAAGCAUCUGGUCCUCGACUCUGUUUCUCUGACUGGCAUGCUAAGGCCGCGAACCUUCCACAUCCCGAACCCGCUCGCCAAUCCUCCAGCGGCACCUGCACCCCCUAACCAUGUCCCACCUUUCAACCAGGGACAAGCGCUGAUGCUUCAUGUUCAAGCGCUUCAAGCUCAUAUUCACCAAAUGCAAAUGACACCCGGUCACGCAUUCCAAGGCCAGCUAGCCGCCCUGCACAACCAGCUGCAGCAAUUCAACCCGCCACAACCACAUCAACCUGGUCCACAGCACAACCCAAACAACCACAAUACACAUGUUGGGAUGGGGCCUGGGCAUCAACUCGCCAAUUUUCACGCUCAAGUCAACUCUAUACAGAAUAUGCUACAGCAGCUGCAGCAGACUCAAGCACCACCGCAACCGGCUGCUCCGCUAGUCAGCUUGCAUACUCAAUUUGCACUCAACCCUCGGGAUUUAUUGCAGCUCGAGCCUCGAACUGGCUGUUGGGUCAACGUUAUCGAUAUCAUUACACCGGGUCCCAACCUUUCUGACUUUGGAUCCCCAUUCUCGAAAGCCGUUGCCAGCCGCAAGACCAAUUUGGAAUCAAUCCAGUUCUUAUCGUGUGGCUACGUCCGCCUCCGUGGGACCGAUUUCGAGCAACUAGGUCUAGAGUCCACCAACGAAGCGUCGCGGUCGGAACUCAGUACGAGGUUCUCUAAGCGACACACCGCUCUGUCAGCAGUCAUGUUGUCCAACUCAAAGUACGAGCUGCUCGGCGAGAUUGUGCAGGCCAUGAAUGAGAAUGAGCUUGCAGCCUUGAGCGCAGGAUGGUUUCUCGAGACGGGAUGGGACAAUGCCGAGGAGGCCCACGCAGUCGAAUUCGACGGAUUAGCUCCUGGUGGAACGGGAAGGUUCACAGGGCAUGUGCGGCGCGAUGACCGGGUUCAGUCAGCGCCUGCGAGUUAG